ACCACCAUCAAUCAGUUGAAGGCAUCACGGAUUAGCUCGUGUAUCCGGCCUCAAUCCCUUCGCCGUCGAUCGCUCUCCGCUCAAUUCGUCCUCUUAUAUCCGACAUAAUGCUCUCGAGAGCUGCUCGUCCGGCUCUCCGGGCUGGCGCCGCGGUCACUGCCCGGCCCAUUGUCCCCAAUGCCGCCAACUUCGCUACCCUUCGUGAGAUUGAGGGUCGUCUCAAGUCCAUUCGGAACAUCGAAAAGAUCACGAAGACGAUGAAGAUUGUCGCCUCGACUAAGCUCACCCGUGCCCAGAAGGCCAUGACCGAGUCCCGAAGCUACGGAGAGGCUUCCAACACCGUCUUUGAAAAGGCCGAGACCAAGCCUUUGGAGGGUGAGGGCAAGAAGACCUUGAUCGUUGUUGCCAGCUCCGACAAGGGUCUCUGCGGUGGUAUUCAUUCCGGUCUCUCCAAGUACACUCGUGCCAUGCUUCACAACAAGCCUGAUGCCGACAUUGUCGUCCUCGGUGAGAAGUGCAAGGCUCAGCUCGGCCGUUCCAACGGCAAGAACAUUGUUCUCAGCUUCGCCAACGUCGGCAAGGACGUCCCCACCUUUGCCGAUGCCCAGGCCAUUGCCGACCAGAUUUGCCUGCUUCCCACCGACUACGCCUCGAUCCAGAUUGUCUACAACAAGUUCCUCAACGCUCAGAGCUACGAGCCUACUCCCGUUGAGGCUUUCUCCGAGGAGGCUAUCAAGAACUCCCCCAACUUCGCUGCCUUCGAGAUUGACGACGAGGUCCUCUCCAACCUCCGCGAGUACGCCCUCGCCAACUCUCUCUUCUGGGCUCUUGCUGAGGGUCACGCCUGCGAGCAGUCUGCUCGUCGCAACGCCAUGGAUAACGCCUCCAACAACGCCGCCGACAUGAUUAACAAGUUCCAGAUUCUCUUCAACCGUACCCGUCAAGCCGUCAUUACUGGCGAACUGGUUGAGAUUAUUACUGGUGCCGCUGCCUCCGAGCAGUAAGCGACUGGGUAGUACGAGAGAAACGAACUGGAUGGGUUGCAUGCAGCGCGUUUUCUUCACAUUCUGCUGCCAAAUGAUGGGACGUUUAGAAGCCAUGUAUCAUACAUAGUUUUGGUCACAGUGAAAUAAAGUAUCGUUGUUUAGAUG